UUAUCUCCCCCAGCUCCAUUUAUUUGGUUAAUACAACAAAUAUACAGUAGUUACCACCUUACCACCGCCACCCAUAAGAUUUAAUUUCGCAUAAAUACAAACAAAAAAUCUGUUACUGUUUGCGCUUCGAACGUGCGGUCGUUAUUAACAAUUAGUUUAAUUGUAGCAGUGCUGGGGGUGGCUAGUGUUUCACUUUAAAAAUAUGUUCCUUGAAUAAAAGCACGCCGGGUAUUUGUUGUGACGUUUUCGUAAAUGUUUGGAUUGUCUGAUCGAACACAGACUUGUGGAUUUAAAAUAAAUCGAUUAUUUUCCUCUUAAAACAGACUCUAGUUAGUUUGUUGUAUAGUUACAAAGCUGAAAAGAUUUAUACCGGGCAUAAAAGCGCGCCGUUUGUUUGAUGAAAAUAUGAUCACUUAUUUUGUUUGUCUGUUGAUUGUUUUCGGGCGAGCGAGUGCCGUCGAGACCAGUGCUAUUUAUGACGACAGCAACUUCUCGCCAGACACCUCACCGGAAAAAGAGUUUCUCAGAUAUAAAUUUGGGUCCGAUGUUGUUAUGAAAUGCAAUCAUCACCACAUUUACGCCAAAGAGGAAGACAUCACGUGGGAAUUUAAGCACUGUCUCUACAAAGGGGUGCACUGCGAGGGCAGCGAGUGGAAGAAGCUGGACUACAACAGGCGCAAGAAAAAAUUGAGAAUAAACAACGCAACGGACGAAAACGUCGGUAUUUACAGAUGUCUCCACAGCAAUUCGGUCCUGAAACAGUUCACUCUGGACGUCGUAACGACGCGCUACAGUGGGCCCCCGCCUGAAGUCGUCUCGCUGAGGUCGUCCUCAGACUCCGCAGUUCUGCCCAACACCCCCUUGGCGAUCCAGUGCAAGGUUUCGAGUGUUUCGCCCCCCGUUAUCCGGUGGUUCAAGGAGGGCAGUGACCAGAAUUGUGAAGUGAAGUACGACGAUCAUUUCUACUGCCCCAUCCCGUCCUCGAACGACGUGUUUCACAUGAGUGGCGACAAGUAUCUCAGCAAAUUGAACAUUUACAGUUUGCAUAACAUCAACAGCGGGACGUAUGUUUGUCUGGUGUUGUCCGAGUUCGGCAACGACUUUAAGAACAUCACCAUUGAGGUUGAGGGGGGCGAGGCCGUGGAGGAGUCGCGGAUAGUGUUCUGGUGGCUGUUUCUGAUCCCCGUUUCUCUAGUGCUUGUGCCUGUGGGGAUUUGGUUGUGCUUUUACAGGAGGAAGUCGAAUCGUCGUCGUUUGAACGAGCAGCAAACGAAACUGAUUAAGCCCGUCGUUAACGUCGAGGUUGUCUGAUUAUCUCAUUGAUUUGUGAUAUUGUAACGAAAAUAAAAGUUUGUUUUGAA